AUCCCUUCCUUCCUUCUUUUGCGCUGCUCCGCCAGACAGAACUGUGAGCUAACGUGAUCGAUCGAAUUUCAAAAAAGGCACACACCCACCCCUGUGCUCCCGAGAUCACGAUUAUACUCUAUAUCUCCUGGUACAACAAUCAGGAGUACGUGUGUCGUGAUUUUCCAUCCCGCGUGUGAACUCACAGUUUUCGUACUCUGCACCCCGAGGCCCACCUAACACAAAAUGUCUAACCUCGCCGAUCCAGUCGCGUUCGCGAAAGAUUUCAUCGCCGGUGGAGUGUCAGCCGCCGUAUCAAAGACCGCGGUGGCUCCCAUCGAGCGCGUCAAACUGCUCCUCCAGGUGCAGCACGUCAGCAAGCAAAUCACCGAAGAUCAGCGCUACAAAGGUAUCAUCGACGCCUUCGUCCGCAUUCCCAGGGAACAGGGUUUCCUGUCGUUCUGGCGCGGUAACCUCGCCAACGUCAUCAGGUACUUCCCCACCCAGGCCCUGAACUUCGCCUUCAAAGACAAGUACAAGCAGGUGUUCCUCGGCGGCGUCGACAAGAACACACAGUUCUGGCGUUACUUCGCCGGAAACCUCGCGUCCGGCGGUGCCGCCGGCGCCACAUCGCUGUGCUUCGUGUACCCGCUCGACUUCGCCCGUACCCGUCUCGCCGCCGACGUCGGCAAAGGCGAAGGCCAACGUGAGUUCUCCGGCCUCGGAAACUGCAUCAGCAAGAUCUUCAAGUCCGAUGGCCUGAUCGGUCUGUACAGAGGAUUCGGUGUGUCCGUGCAAGGUAUCAUCAUCUACCGCGCGUCGUACUUCGGCUUCUACGACACGGCCCGCGGUAUGCUGCCCGACCCCAAGAACACCCCCAUCGUCAUCAGCUGGGCCAUCGCCCAGACCGUCACCACCGUGGCCGGUAUCAUGUCGUAUCCCUUCGACACGGUCCGUAGGCGCAUGAUGAUGCAGUCCGGCCGCGCCAAGAGCGACAUGCUGUACAAGAACACCAUCCACUGCUGGGCCACCAUCGCCAAGACUGAGGGAUCCUCCGCCUUCUUCAAGGGUGCAUUCUCCAACGUGCUCAGAGGCACCGGUGGUGCUUUCGUGCUCGUCUUAUAUGAUGAAAUCAAGAAGCUCCUGUAAAUUUAAUAAUAUUAGUGAGCUGACAGUUAUGUAACAACCUACUUCCAAUUAGGUCAAGGUUUUAUAAUAAUAAACCAAUUUAAAAUCUU